AUGGCAACACAAGAACAUUUUGAUCAAUUAUGCUAUAACUAUAAUGAAACAACUUUCGUUCCACAACAAGUAACACCGAGCAUGUUAAGUACACAUAACGAUUUAAAUCAAUUACGUGUAAAUUCGAGUAACGCCGAAGAUUAUGCAAACGAAUUUGAAACAUAUUUACAAAACUACAAUAAAAAUAAAGAAGCUGCUCAAUCGAAUGUAACUACACUUAAUUCGUUACAUUCGAAUAAUGUUGAGAAAUCUGUUUCUGAGCAAUCAGUUAUCAACGUUUACGAAAACUUUUCGUCUGCUACAGCAAUACAAACUUUUGGUAUAUCUAAUUUAAGUUAUGAUGAUCAAAUAAUUGCUCGUAAAUAUCGAUUUGAUCUCAAUGGCAUUAAAACUUUCGAAAAAAGGCUCUUUAAUAAAGAUCGUAUGUCAAAACGAAUGUAUGCAAUUAUCUGUUGUACUAAUAUUACAAAAGAGUAUGUCAUGUUAGAAAUAUGUCGACAAUUUCCAAUGCCUAUCAUACAAUAUGUAUGCGUAUCGAGUGAUUCACCAACUUCAGGAUUAUCCAAUACAAAUAGUUCUUCUGUGAUAUACGUACAAAUAUUAUUGAAAAGAAAAGUAAAUAAACGUGGUUGGUUUCUCGAUAAAGUUACUGGUGAUUUUUGUAAUUAUCAUGUCACCUACAAAGAAUUACCAUGGCAUCAAUUUAUAAAAAAAGAUCGUUUCAGCAUCGAGAUAGGUCAUUUUCAAUCGAGAAGACCUCGAGCUAAUCGUUGUACUUUAUCAUUUAGAAAUGCACCAAAAAGAAUGGAUAUGGAUAUUAUCGAAACUGUUGAGAUAAUUGAUUUAUGUACACCAAAUUUUAAUACAGAUGAAAUAAUACUCUCUCCAAUAGUCGUCCAUGAAACAAUAGAUUUAAGUAAAAUAAAUGAACGAUUUCCAAAUAUUCAACGUCGAUUACCAGUAUUACCGUGGUUUCCAACAAAUAACAAACAACAAAAUGGCUAUCCAUUAAUGUCGAAUAUACCACCUCAUAAACUAAAUCAAGAAGAAUUGAUUCGACGACGUAGUGGAACUUUCAAGCCCGCAUUCAAUAUUGUAAAAAAUGAUUCAAAUAUACAAUCAUUUAUAUGUGAAAAGUCCUAUAUGUAUUUUGGUGAUUUACUUGAACGGUUAAAAGUUGAUCAAUCUAUUUUGGAUUAUAAUUAUACACGUUUAAAUAAAUAUAUGAAAAUGUUAGCUUGUGAACAAAUGCGUGUAUUUAAACUACGAGCACAUGAAAUUCAACGAAUCGAUGAAAAAGAAUAUCCUAUUGCAUUAGAAUUCUUUUUACAAUUUGAUGUGAAUAUGUUCUAUAUGAAAACAUGUUCAUUUCGUCAUGCUCGCCCUCGUACAUUAAAUGAAGGUCUUUUUUGUUUACAAGAACCAGAAGCUCGUUAUGAAUUAGCUGCAUGUGGUAAUUGUGCAUUAUGUUAUCCUCAAUAUGAUAUGAAAUAUCGAUCGAAAAAAUCAAUUAUUGAAUUUAGUCAAGCUCAUAAAUAUACAUUUCUUAAUGGAUAUCAAGCCAUUUUAAAUUGUUCAGCAUCAUGUCAUACACGAAAUAUUAUUUAUGCGUUAAUAUGUCCAUGUGGUAAAUUUGAAUAUAUUGGUGCAACAACAAAUAGUUUACAUGAUCGUUUAAUAAAACAUCGCGAGCAUGGGAAUCGAAUCAUACAUGAAUUUUUAAUAGGACAAGAAAAUAUUCUACGUGAUUUUCCACGAGGAAAGUUAAAGGAAAUUAUAGUAAAAGAUCGUAUGAAACUUUAUCAACAUUCAACACAUUGUCCAGUGGCUAUGCAAAUAUUUUUAGAUGCUAAUCCACAAUAUUGGCGAUUUGUACCAAUGACAUUAAAAGAAUCAGAAAGACCUGAACAAAAAAUCGUUGCACCAUAUACUUCUACUGAAGAACUUAGUUGGACUAUACGAUCAAAAGAAGAUACUAAAUUGUAUGUUGAAGCUGUUCCAAAACCAUCGUAUGGUUUCGCUUUUUCCAAUCGACAAAUCAUGUUACAAACACAAUAUUUUCAUAAGACACGAGAUCAAACUCUACCAAAUCAACAUAUUGAUUUAUACAAUGCUACUAUUGUAGCUGUAUUACCAGAAACUUGUUCAGAUAUGUUUCGUUUUACUAUUGAAUCUUUAUUCAUUACUUAUGCUGAAACAAAUCUCAAUUCAAUUGGUAAUGUUUUGAAUACGAAUCGAAUUGGUGAAUCUUAUCCAACGAAUAAUCCUUGGUUGGUUCGUAGUAGUGAAUGGUGUCAAGGUUUAUUACGGCGACCUGAACCAAAAAAUACAAUAGCGAAAAAUAUUGUUGCAACUAAAUGA